GCCGACCGCGAGAGGCCGGGGGGCGGGGAAGACGGCAGCCACACGCCCAACCCGAAGCCCGGGAGGUGGUCGGGGAGUGAAUUUUCUCGAAGGCGGCUUUAAAGGCGUAGGGCGUUUAAGUGCGGCCGCCGCCUGGGUCGGGAAGGGGCGCGUUGGUGGCCGGAAGCGAGCUGCGCCGAGGUCGUCGCGGAACCAGCUGGUGACCCCCGCAGGAUGAACCACAAGAGCAAGAAGCGGAUCCGCGAGGCCAAGCGGAGUGCGCGACCGGAGUUGAAGGACUCGCUGGACUGGACCCGGCACAACUACUACGAGAGCUUCUCGCUGAACCCGGCGGCCGUAGCGGAUAAUGUGGAGAGGGCAGAUGCAUUACAGCUGUCGGUGGAGGAAUUUGUAGAGCGAUAUGAAAGACCUUACAAGCCCGUGGUUCUGCUCAAUGCCCAGGAGGGCUGGUCUGCGCAGGAGAAAUGGACUCUGGAACGCCUAAAAAGGAAGUACCGGAACCAGAAGUUCAAGUGUGGGGAGGAUAACGAUGGCUAUUCCGUGAAGAUGAAGAUGAAAUACUACAUCGAGUAUAUGGAGAGCACUCGAGAUGACAGCCCCCUUUACAUUUUUGACAGUAGCUACGGUGAACAUCCCAAAAGAAGGAAACUUUUGGAAGACUACAAGGUGCCCAAGUUCUUCACUGACGACCUUUUCCAGUACGCAGGGGAGAAGCGCAGGCCCCCGUACAGGUGGUUUGUGAUGGGGCCGCCACGCUCUGGAACCGGAAUUCACAUCGACCCCCUGGGAACCAGUGCCUGGAAUGCCUUGGUUCAGGGCCACAAGCGCUGGUGCCUGUUCCCCACCAGCACGCCCAGGGAGCUCAUCAAGGUGACCCGCGAAGAAGGAGGGAACCAGCAAGAUGAAGCUAUUACCUGGUUUAAUGUCAUUUAUCCCCGGACACAGCUUCCAACCUGGCCACCUGAAUUCAAACCCCUGGAAAUCUUACAAAAACCAGGAGAGACUGUCUUUGUACCAGGAGGCUGGUGGCACGUCGUCCUCAAUCUUGAUACUACCAUUGCCAUCACCCAGAAUUUUGCCAGCAGCACCAACUUCCCUGUUGUAUGGCACAAGACGGUAAGAGGGAGACCAAAGUUGUCCAGGAAAUGGUAUAGGAUCUUGAAACAGGAGCGCCCCGAGCUGGCGGUCCUGGCGGACUCUGUUGACCUUCAGGAAUCCACAGGGAUCGCCUCGGACAGCUCCAGCGACUCGUCCAGCUCCUCCAGCUCCAGCUCGUCCGACUCGGACUCAGAGUGCGAGUCGGGGUCUGAGGGCGACGGCACAGCGCACCGCAGGAAGAAGAGGAGGACCUGCAGCAUGGUGGGCAACGGGGACACCGCCUCCCAGGACGACUGCGUGAGCAAAGAGCGCAGCUCCUCCAGGUGACCAACCACGGCGCCGGUCUGCGUCGGAGGACACGCUGCGGCCCGCGGCAGGGCCCAGGGAGGGCGGCCUGUCGGCCCCUGCAAACGCAGGGAGGGCCGGCAGGAGCCAGAGAACGAGGCCGCGCCUGGGAUGACCCCCUCACUUAGCGUUUGCGCAGCGGCUCUGUGUCUGCUCCCGGCGCAAGCCCACGUGCUGUGUGCGCAGAGGCAACGCUCUGUGUGGGCGGUGCCGAGGCAGCCCGUGCACUAUUUAAUAAAAGUGAGACGCAUUUUAUAGCUCUGAUUAUU